AUGUCAAUCACAUCUCGUUCACUUCGCGUUAGAAAGACAGGCUGCUCCCCAGAGACUGUCUCCACUUUCUCUGGCUCCGACCCUCACGUAGCCAGCUCUGAUAGAACCGCACCCGCCUAUUACGCUCUCUCGCCGAUCGUGGCAGUCCUGAAAACGACAGAGUUCAACGCCAUCUUCGGCUAUCUUCACACUUUCACACACCUCAUCUCCGCAUAUGUGGCCUGUGGGUGUCAGCUGGCCCUAUGGGGGCAGGGAGUGAGGUUCUCUCGACAUUUGAUGUUGAAUGAGCGUACGGUCUUGGUAGAGAUCAACGAUGAUAUCAACGAGCCGCGUGUCAUUGGCGAUAUCGACGCUUUCUUAUCGUACAUCAGCGGCAAUCCUGAGCCUCUGCCUCGAAGCUACGGCGACCCUUACAAUCCCGAUCUGGAAGCCUUUGAGGACGCUUGGGAUAUUUUGAGGACAGCGGUGAUGGCUGUGCUUGAUAUCCCACUGGAUGCGCCGCUACAGCGUUUGAGACAGCCCACGGGGAAAAUGCUGGAUCAGUGGCGCCACAAGUUUGGCGGGGUACGAAGAGGAGAGCCCUCUGCGAGCCGAGCGCCAGAUAUCGAGAACCGAUGGGCAGAAGAUGACCACCUGGGUGAGGCGAAUGAUUAUCUAUAUCCUACCACCGAUGUGCAAUCUUCUCCUCUACGCCAGACCUGGUUCCGUGACGAAUUUCAGCACGCAGCAUGGGAAGAUGCAUGGCGAGAAAAGAGAGAGAGAGAGACAUUUAUAGGGCUGAGGGCUGCGAUAAGACAAGAGGGGACGAUAUUUGUGGGAGGCGGGAGGAGCGUAUUCCGAGUGCUACUUAGAGAAAUGAGAGAGUCUCUGUAG